UCACGAGGUAAACAAUCUUCACUUCCGCACUGGGGAACAACAGAGCCUCAGGAGGAGAGCAGCGGUGGGAAGACGGGACAGCUCCAGCCAUGGGUCGCUCUGUUUUACUCGUUUUAAUGGCCUUAUUUUCGGUCACAACGACACAGUUUAUACCGCCGUACACAGAAGACUGUCGAAGUGGCAUGUAUCCCCCGACAGGUCCCACGUUCAAAGGCGGAGUGCCCUGGUACACAGUGGACCUAGACUCACCGCCCCACAAGAGAUGGACAGCUUUAAUCACUGACAAAAAAACAGAUCUGGUCAACAUGAUUCAGGCCAUCAAAGACCUGGCUAAUGCCUUUGUGCCCAGUGGCAGGCUAAUAGAGUUGGUUGACAUUGCCUUGCCUGUAGUGGUGGACACCCUCCCGUACCCCUUCAGUGAUGAAAUUAAAGGAAUCGCAACCACCUCAGGUGUUCCUCUCGGUGAAGUUGUCUUGUUCAACAUCUUCUACGAGGUGUUCACUGUUUGCACCUCAGUUGUAGCAGAAGACUCUAACGGUGAGCUCUUCCAUGGUAGAAAUCUGGAUUUCGGGUUGUUUUUAGGCUGGGACAUGAAAAACAAGUCAUGGAUCAUUAGUGAGAAGCUCAAACCUCUCGUGGUCAACAUUGACUUCACGAGAAAUAACAAGACUGUCUUCAAAUCUACCAAUUUUGCUGGAUAUGUUGGCAUGCUGACUGGCAUCAAGCCUCACAUAUUCACUCUGACCAUGAAUGAGCGUUUCAGCCUUGACGGAGGAUACAUCGGUAUCCUGGAGUGGAUCUUGGGAAAGAGAGAUGGCAUGUGGAUGAGCUUUCUCACUCGCUCCGUCCUGGAGAACGCUACCAGCUAUGAGGAUGCCAAAAAUCGUCUGGCCCAGACCAAGCUGCUCGCCCCAGCUUACUUCAUCCUGGGAGGAAACCAGACGGGCCAGGGCUGCGUCAUCACCAGGUCCAGAGUGCUCAGCCUUGAUAUCUGGGAGAUUGACUUGAAGCUCGGCCGAUGGUACGUGCUGGAGACUAACUACGACCACUGGAAGGAGCCUCUGUUUCUGGAUGAUCGCCGAACUCCCGCCAUGAAGUGCAUGAACCAGACCACACAGACGAACAUCUCAUUGAAGACGAUGUAUGAUAUGCUCUCCACCAAACCAGUGUUGAACAAGCUGACCACGUACACAACACUGAUGGAAGUGUCAAAGGGCACACUGGAGUCGUAUAUCCGUGACUGCCCCGAUCCCUGCAUGCCCUGGUGAGCUUCCAAGCAUUAAACCCAGACCAGUUCUUAAAUGCUUAAUUGCACAAAGUGGCUGCGGCGGAGACAAGCUCAACUGAUCUUGGGACAAAGCUUGAAGCUGCUCCUUUUUUCACGAAUUUGCACAGAAUCUAAUCGUUUGAACCAGUUUGCCUCAACUACAUCUCAGAGAUCCUGAGCUCAGCAAUUUAAAUUUUAUUUCUUUAACAACGCAGGAAUACUUAAUUGAUGGUUUGUCGGGAAUGCUCAGUUUCACAUGUGAAUAUUGGAUUAAGUCUUUUUGUGAUGGAGUGAGUGUAGAAACUGAAGCAAGUUGGCAAUCUUUUCACUGUUGUUUUGUUAUAGUAUGGAUAUAAAGAGAACUAUUUUGUAAUUUUAAAUGUAGCUGGUAGUUGCUGGAAGUAAGCCUCUGGGGGAGGGGGGUUUGAACCAAAGAUUGUUACAGCACCAGUCUAUCGCAACUGACCAUUUCUCUCAGCUCUACUGACAAAUAUACUGUUGACUUCUCACCGUUGCUGUAAUUGCUAAUAAAAGGAUCUCAAACUUGUGA